GUGGGGUCACUGGAAAACGAGCUGUUAUUCAAAGUUAGUUUACCUUUCACUGUCUUUGUCCUCCAAUUCUCUUUUCAGUUUUUGUUUGGCACCUCUCUCUUGUUUGUACUUAUUUGCUUGAUUGAUCUCAAUAAUUUACUAACUCCCAAAGCUAUCCUGCUGAAACAUGAUGCAAUAAAUCAAGCCUGCAAUUGCUGGCUAUGCUGACUAUUUGGCUUUGUCUGCUUUACACCCUUUUUACUUAACACAAGAAAAUCAUGACACCUCACUUUCUGUUUCUGGUUCAUACUUUCCACAUCUUUUUCUUCCUAUCAAGUAACUUUCAGUUACUGUCCUAUUUCCUAUUCUUGAUCUUGGGUUUUGGAGUCUUGGUGUAGUGGAAAUUUGCUUCAUAUCAACUUCAUUCCUAUAAUUGGUGUGCUAGGUAUUUUACAGAUUUUGCAAGUGGAGGUACAAAGAAGGCAGCUUUUUGUUAGAUAACUGAAGUUUGGGUUUCUGAGGAAUAAUCAAGAAUUGAACUUAGUUGUUGAGAUGAAGAGUGGGAUUGAUAGAAGCUUGGAUGGGGGAAAGAGAGCUGUGCUUGUUGCCGUAAAGGCUUCGAGAGAUAUAUCAAGAAGUGCCUUUAUAUGGGCAUUAACUCAUGUGGUUCAAACUGGGGAUUCUGUUAAGUUGCUGGUGAUCAUUCCUGCUUAUAGUUCAACUACACUUUCAGGUAAAAGGCUUUGGGGUUUUCCUAGAUUAAUUAACAGUGAUUGCACGACUGGCAACUGGAGAUCACUUUCUGGAACAACUUUAGAUCAAAAGGAUUUCGUUUCAGAAUCAUGCACUCAAAUGUUGCUUCAACUUCAUGACAUUUAUGAUCCAAAUAAAAUGAAGUUGAAGGUCAAAGUCAUUUCUGGGUCACAGUCUGGAGUAGUGGCUGCUGAAGCCAGGAGAGUUCAUACUCGAUGGGUGGUCUUGGAUAAGCGAAUGAAAAAAGAGGCCAGGCUCUGUAUGGAUCAACUGGAAUGCAAUAUUGUUCAGAUGAAAAACUCUCAACCAAAAGUGCUUCGUUUGAAUUUCAUUGGAUCUCCCAACACUGAAGCUGAAGUCAGCCGUACGUCACAAGCGUCUUCAAAACAGUUAGAUGAAAAGUCUGAUGAUGAGAUUCGGGUGCCGAACGUGACUCCAGCAAGUAGUCCAGAUCAUUCAUCAUUCACCACAACUGACGCUGGUACAUCCUCAAUGUCCAGUCUAGACAUAGGGACCUCUCCACUCUUCUCUUCUGAGAUCAAUUGGGAUAUGAAGAAGAACUUUUCUCAUAAAUGCAGUCAUUAUUCAGAUGAAUCUGAUUCUGAUACAGAUAGUGAAAAAUUGAGUUCUCCUACAAGCAGCGUAUGCUCCCAUCAAUGGAUGCAAGACAUUCUCAUUGCAGCAAAGGAUUUCUCACAUUACUUAAAGAGAGACUUUCCAAGAUCCAAAGGCACAUUGCUAAAGUUAAAGCAUGAUGUUUCCCCAGAAAAAUCAUUUGAACUUGAUCGGGAACCUAAAGUUUGUCUAAAGAAAGAAAGAUAUGAUGUGGAAAUAAACAGUAAUAUGAGAAAAAUGAUGUCAUUAACCAAAAAUUCUCUCGCUGAUCCUCCUCCACUUUGUUCAAUAUGUCAACACAAGGCGCCUUUAUUUGGAAAACCACCUCGGUGGUUCACUUAUUCUGAGCUCGAACGCGCUACCAGUGGAUUUUCAGAAGCUAACUUUUUGGCUGAGGGUGGGUAUGGUUCUGUACAUCGUGGACACUUGCCAGAUGGCCAAGUCAUAGCAGUCAAGCAAUACAAAUCAGCUAGCUCACAGGGCGACCCUGAAUUUUGCUCUGAAGUGGAGGUCCUGAGCUGUGCUCAACAUCGAAAUGUUGUGAUGCUGAUUGGCUUCUGUGUGGAAGAUGGAAGAAGGUUGCUAGUUUAUGAAUACAUCUGCAAUGGCUCUUUAGAUUCUCACCUUUAUGGACGUAAAGGACAUCCAUUAAAUUGGUCAGCACGUCAAAAGAUUGCCGUUGGAGCUGCUCGAGGACUGAGAUACCUACACGAGGAGUGCAGAGUAGGUUGUAUUGUUCAUCGUGACCUGCGGCCAAAUAAUAUCCUCCUAACUCAUGAUUUUGAGCCAUUGGUUGGUGACUUUGGAUUGGCGAGGUGGCAACCAGAAGGGGACUUAGGAGUUGAUACAAGAGUUAUUGGAACAUUUGGGUACUUGGCACCGGAAUAUGCUCAAAGUGGUCAAAUAACUGAAAAGGCUGAUGUGUACUCAUUAGGAGUAGUACUAUUGGAACUCGUUACUGGAAGAAAAGCUAUAGACAUUAACCGCCCCAAGGGCCAACAGUCCCUCAGCGAGUGGGCACGUCCUCGGCUGCGAAAGAGUGCCGUCUCCGAACUCAUCGACCCAUGUCUAGGGAACUGCUACUUGGAGCAGGAGGUUGAUGGCAUGCUACAUUGUGCGUCAUUAUGCAUUCGACGGGACCCUAAUUCAAGGCCGAGGAUGUCUCAGGUACUCCGGAUGUUGGAAGGGGACGUGUUAGUGAGCUAAGUUCGUAUGGUAAAGGACAAUGCUCUGGAGUUGAUGUUUCGAAAGAAAGUCUUUAAGUUUGACAAAAGACAAUCGAGCCAAAGCUAGCAAGGGACGUGUCAGAAUAAUGCUCCAACUGUUCUGGGCUGCAAGAAGAUGCCACAGGCAGAAAGGUUCUCCUAUAUAUGAGACAAAGGAAGCUUACAUGAUGGGAAGAAAACAAGAAUGUAUUGGCCAUUUUUAGUCCUCCUAUCACCAUCUACCACAUUUUGGUCCUCUUUAUGGUUUCACUUCAUGAUCCACAUGCAUUAUAGAUGUUUUAUAGCAGUGAUAAGUAUGAAUGUGUUACUUUUUUUUUGAAUUUUUAUUCAUAGUAUAAUUAGGAGGAAACGUUGGAUAUGGGAGUGGCAGUGGAAGUGUAACUUGUCUUCAAUCUCUCGAAAUGCAAUGGCAUGGCUUGAAUUCACAUUUUCUUGAA